CGUUGUGUUCGGGGAGCUGAAAUUUCUCCCCGGUUACAUAUGCCCGCCCGAACGUUGUGGCUGUGUGCACGAUUUGCACGCUUUGUUUUCUACUUGCAAAAUUCUGCUUCGAUCGAUUCGCCCCCCCCCCCUGCCACCUCCUCACACAGCUGUGUACGAACCGACACCGGAUCCAUUCAUCAUCUGCUUACACUGGCGCCCGUAUUACACCACCUGCCUCGUUUGGAACGAAAUUCGCGGAAAUGAAGCUUAAGCACUGGCUGGCACCAAAACUUGCUAGCUAUAUGGGGACACGGAGCUAGAUGGACAUGCGUAAGAAGCGUUGCGUAGAAGAGCCAAAACGUUGUCACUAAAUUGUGUCUCUUACUUGCCUACUUUUGUCUCUAGUGCAUAAAUUUUUGAAUGUAAGUCAAUCGCUUUAUUAACAAAAUUUAAUGUAAUGCCUGAAACUGUUUGUUCCAAAAUUAUUGAACUUAAGUUAAGUAGUUAAUAAUUUCAUUGAUAGAAUUUUCAAUAUCACCAUUUUUAUGCCAAAGGGGGCUUUUACGAUAUCAGCCAGCCGUUUUGUAUGGAGUUUGACAAUUGGCGUCUGAAAUAGUGUAAACACUCCAUACAAAAUCACGCGCAAAACAAGCCUCAGAUUUUCAGCCUAGUUUAUUCCAUCCUGAAAACUAUGGAAACAAACGCCGAUUCGUCGCAGGCUCCAUCAGGCUAGCUCAUGAAGGAAUGGAUUAUGGUUGGGUAAAUCUGAUUCAGAUUCAUGAAUCUGAAUGAAUCUUUACAAUGAUGAAAUGAAUUUGAAUCUCGAUUGGAAAGAUUCAUGAAUCUCGAAAGAAUCUUGAAUCUUGAAAGAUUAUCGUAUCUCUUGGGAUUCAUGAAUCUCUAGGGAUGAUUCAUGCUUCUCAAGGGAUUCAUAAAUCUAUAAAAAAAAUCAUAAAGCUUGACCUUUUUAUUUUUCUUCUUCUUGCCGUAACAACCUACGUGUACAUGCCAGCCUAUACAGGCUAUCGAGACUUCUUAUAAAGUACCACGUAGCCGGAUAGUUUGUUUUGCUACGGGGAGGCGGUCCAUGCGAGGCAAGAACCCACAACUGGCAAGUUGGAGGUGGGAUUGGGCAAAUUCAAUAUUUUGGAAAUCAUACAUCUCUAAAGAUUCAUGAAUCCCUGGAAAUAUAUGCAUUUUAAUGGACGUAUGAAGCUUUUAGAUUCAUGAAUCCUUGGAUAUUCAUGAAUAUUUAGAGAUUAAUCAAUCCUUGAUGAUUCGUGAAUCUGUAGAGAUUCGUGAUUCUUUGAAGAUUCAUGAAACUUUAGAGAAUUUCUCAUCGCUGAAGAUUCAUAUGAAUGAAUCUCAACAAAAGUUGGAUUGAAAAAGAAAAGGCCUGAAUGGAAGUUUUAAUAAAGUGAAAAAAUAUUGGCAUUUAUUUCUAGGUGUAAACAAUGGCUUUAAAAUUCAAUAGAUUUCCUUUUUUGUUUUAACAAAAAUCAAUGACAUGGUUUUUGUGUUGAAUUUGUGAUAUCAAAUUACAGUUGUCAGAAAUCUUCUCAAAUACUUAGUCAUUUUAUCAUAGUUCCUACAAGAGUAAAAAAAUAUUGACAAAGUUAGAGACAUAAUUCGGCACGUUAGAGUAAAAAAUGUAUGCCUUAGAGCCAAAAUUUGGCGGCAACGACUGAAAAAUAUUAGUAAAUUAAAGCUCAAGAUUCGAAUCGCAAUUGGAUCAGAUAUUUUCAUCGAAAAGUCGCAGGAAAUCAUCUUGUUUAAACACAUUGAUAAACACUUCCCAUGCCUAUGCGAACACUUCCCUGUUAGAACCCGUCAAUUUGGAGAUAUUAUAAUUGAUCACCGCACGUUCGAAUAGUGCGCCAAAUUAUUGCUCCGAUCUGCUUUUUUUUACUAAUGAAGAGGGGCGCAAAUUCUUCGCACGCUCAAUUAUGCAGUUCCAAUUAAUCGAGCAGCAUUACAACGAUUGAUGAGGUCGGUGUGACUAAAAAUAGCCGGGGAUAAUAAGCUUAUUAAAUUCGGCGCCAACCAAGAGAUGUGCGUACUCCACAGAAUUGUUUUCCUAGGCUUUCUAUCUUUCGGCGCUCUUCGCCGUGCUCUACUGCAUUGAUCGAUGAUUCAAAGCGAAACGAAAACAGAGAUCGUCUCCGUCUCAAUCUCGCACAACCACACCACCUCAUGUGUGUGUGUGUCUUGCGUACGGUGCUAUAUAUUAGGCAAAAAAAAAACUGCAGAAGAAAAUCCACAGCCUGACAAUUCGUUGUGUUAAUUUUAGAACCAUCGCGUUGUUUUAGCUUCACUUGCCGCCUUCCUCUUCUCCUGUGUGCCAUUUUGAAAAUUAACAAACUUACCAGAUGUAGCUGGUUUUUUUUGGCUCUGCUCCCCCCGCGAGGGGGACCUCGCUACCAGCGGAGGUCACAUCUGAGGGGGGGGGGGGGGAGCGUCUGCCAAUGGUACUCGUUAAAGCUGUCUAGUUUUGAUCGUUGCAGCGUAAAUCUGCGCAUCGCUCGACAUCCGACGGUCGCUUGCAUCUGCCGUGACGCACCGGCGGCUAGUCGCUGGGAUGCCAUGUCACCAGUUUGUUGGAUGUAACAGCGCCCAGGCGCAAUGAAGCGACACUUCGGCAAGCUUUGCUUACACAGCUGGACGGAAACAGACAGCGACGACGGCCGAUCUAAGAAUCACGCGGCGGGAGAAUGCGCGCGUGUAAUCCGAGCCAGGCUUGCCAGGAAAACCCGUUAACGCGGCCGAUCCGACACGCGGACCGCAUUUGACGGUUAACGGAUCUUUUUUUUUUGUUUUCGGAUACCUACUUGUACACACGCCCUCCUCUUUUCUGUCUGUUUGGGUAUGUGCGUGUGGCUUUGAAGAAGUACAUAGAACCGUUAAAAGUUGGCCUGUUCCCAACCAUUCUUUUGCGCCAUUAUCGUUCAAAUCAUCACGGACGCUGUUUGUGUUUGUGUGGAUGUGUGUGUGAAUCAUAGGUCCGAAAUUUUCCAUUUUGAAGAAGGAAUGCACCAACAGAAUUGCAUCGCGUGAUGCACUUUUUCAUGUCAUUAGACAAACCAAAACAAAAACACAAAACGGACGAAAGCUUGCUGCCGGAAGGAACUGAUACAUCGGAACUUUGUCUGAUAUAUCGGCAAAACGCAACAUGCCGGCUGGUUUGGUUUGAUGUCUUUUUCCUUUCCUUUUCCUUUUACAUUUCCUUUUUCUAGUGUACUGAGCAGCAAUCUACACAUUCCAGCAACACGAUAACACAGUACUGCUCGAUCAAAAAUCUAAUCUACAUCUCUAGUAUCACGAGAAACAGUUGUUUUUGUUUUUGCGCUCAAGUGUGCGAUAUGAUGCAUGAUGGUGCGAUAAGUGUGUGUCUGUGUAUAAUUACGCUUUCUUUGCCGAAUGCUGCGCACAGAGCGCUCAUUUUAGAACAUCUUCGCCGUAACCCGGAAUUGAUCAAAAUGAUACCAAAAGCAAGCGUCACGCUGUCCCUCGCUGGUUUGAUCGAAGAUUGGAUCCUGCUUGCCGUAUCCUGCCCGUUGCUGCAAAAUGAACCAGCGCUGUACUGGUGGCACGUAAAAACUUAAUUACAUCCCGUCCGUCUGCUGAUUAUUGAUUUGUCAAUGUCUCACCCUCAACCAUUAAUCCCUUGCCUUGGAUGGAUGUAAAUUACAAAACCUGCUCAUCAAUACAAUAAACACAUACACACAUACCAAGUGUCUAGGAGGCUGCUGUGUGGCGGUACGGGAAGGAAAUGCAAUAGUUAAUAACUCUCGGCUCAAUGGUACGCCGCCAACGGCACGAGGCGUUUAAAACGAUAGUUUGCCUGCCGAGAAAGACUGUGUGUGUGGGGUAGUGUUGGGUUUCAUGAAUCUUUCGUUGAGAUUCAUGCUUAUCAAUCUUCGGCGAUGAGUGGUUCGAAUCUCGAAUCGAAUCUCCAAAGAAUGAUGAAUCUCCCUUGUCUGAGGAUCUAAAGAACCAUAAAUCUCCAAGGAUUUAUGAAUGUCGAAAAAUUCCUGAAUCCUUUUAGAUUCAUAAACCUUCAGGGAUUCAUGAAUCUUUAGAGAUGUUUGAGUUUCAAAUUUUUGUAUCUGCGCAAUCCCAUGGUACAGUGGUUACAUUGCACAACUUUACAACAUGGCCGUCGUGGGUUCAAGCCUCGCAUGCAUCGUUGUUCCGUAGUAAAACAAACUUGUAGAAACAACAAGAUUGUUACGCCAACAAGAUGAUUAAUAAGAAGCUCACGGUCUAUGAAUCUUUGUAGGUUAUGAAUGCCCGUCGUGGGUUGAAGUCUCGCAGUGACCGUUGUCCCGUAGCAAAACAAACUUGUAGAAACAACAAUACUGUUACACCAAUAAGAUGAAUAAUAAGAAAUUCAAAUUCUAUGAAUUUUUGGAGAUAUUCCUGAGAGAUUCCUUAGAGAGCUUAGAGAUUCCUGAAUCUUUGUAAUUCAUGAAUCUUGCUAAUCGAGAUUCAGAUUCAUUGGAUCAUUUUAAAGCUUCAUUCAGAUUCAUGAAUCUGAAUCAGAUUUACCCCACACUAGUGUGGAAUUCAUGAAUCUGAAUCAGAUUUACCCAACACUAGUGUGGGAUAUGGGAGGGUGAGUUUAAGCCAAAACCGCGAAACUGUUUCCAUGGGGAUCUGCACCAUCAAUCCGAGGCGAAGUUGUUGGCAGUUGGUUGCGCACAAAGCACGGUUAAUUUGUAACAGUUUAUUACCUUCUCGUUUGCCAUUGAUUGAGUGCUGACCGGCGAGUGAUGUUUUGUCGGUUUAGGUGAUCAUCCAUAGAUUUCGUAACGGUGUUAUGAGUACAUCUAUUUAUUUAUUUAAUUUUUUUGUAUUUAUUUAAUUCAUCGGAUUUGUGAGCUACAUGAAUACUUAAUUAAUACUUAUACUGACAUACUGAGUCGAUCCACACAAAGUGAGACAGAACGCGAAAAACAUUAGAUUUCAGGGAAGGAAUGAGAAGUUAAUAAAUAACAUAAAUAUAAAUAACGAAAUCACAAACAAAUUUUCAAGAAUGUGGGGACUGCUGUUGCCUGAGUCUUUCUCUGAACGCCUCUUGGGAGUUAAUUUUGAAUUGAUCGUAGUUUUAUGUUGAAUACGCGGCACAUGGAGGUUAAAGGCUCUAUUUCACUAUGGCACGGUAAAAGACUAUGGAGAGUGCAUCGCUCAUUAUCGCUACAAUAAACAGGGGGAAGAUGUAAAACCAAUAUCCUUGUCACGUUUCGUUAUUUAUGGAUGAUUCCUCAAGCAAUAUUGAGCAAUUCCUCUAUUAAAACCAAGAAUUAAAACACGCUAUUAGCUUUAUUUCUGCAAGCAGCACUAGACCCCGGUUGAUAACGAUCAGUACAAACAAUGUUCCAGUAGUAAUAGUUAUAACACAACACAGCGAAAACAACAAGAUGUUGUAACGAUUAAUUGCCCUGCCACAUUGGCGCUGGCUGACAGUCUGGCGAGAGGCAGGGUUCUAAAACGUGUUCUUAAUUGUGUUUUGGAGCGCGCGCGCGCAAGCAACUUGCGGCGAGCGCCGCCUGGGGAAUCGUUUUGUAUUUGUUAUGGUAAAACAUGGCGAGUGGAAUAUUGAAUUAGCUACGCAGCACCAUUGAAAUGUAAACUCAAUUUUCUCAAGCAAAAAUGUUUGCAAGAUUAUGCUGGGUACACGCUGUGCAAGACAAGGCUGCAGGUCAUUAUCAGGAGGUUGUUUUUUAAUGCACAAAACAAGUCCAAUUGGGGUACAGGUAGUGUGUGGUUGGGUCGAUUUUUUAACCGCGACCAAAUGGACCAAAAAGUCCCUUGUUUACCGGAAACAUCCGGCCGGACAUUUAAAACGCCAUCAACUGUUCAACAGACGAGCUUCACGAUCGGGAAUCGUGUUCCAAUUGGAACGACGAUCCGAUGUAAUCAACAGAAAUCGUUUACUUCUAUUACCGCCCAUUAUCCAUCCUUUCAGCCAUAACCUUCCCCCGAAAAUAAAGGUGCCAUUUUCGUAAUGCAUUUUAAAUUCCCAUUCCCUGUGCCACGUGUUUUGAAUGUUUUUGAAUAUUUUUUUGUAAGCUGAGUUGCGUUCGGGUGGGCUAAUUUAAUUCCAAAGCGAAACAGUAAACAAAUGAGCGAAAUCGAAUUGGUAAAAAUGUGUAUGUGUGUGUGUUAGAAAAAUUAUUUUCCACUUUGGCACUUCAUACACGCCCGCGUACUUUUCUCCAUCCCUCCUCCCGGCCCUUUGCUGUGCGUUUCAGAAAACAUAAUUCCAUUAUUACCCUGACUGGCCCGGCUCCCCUCCUGUUUCACUGUUUCCGCUAGCCACCGGCAAAAAAGGGAACUUAUCAUUCAUUCGUCGCGCCCUUCGAUCCUCUCCAUCACCACCAAUAAAGCUCCCCAAGAAGAAGAGGAGAAAAAAAAUCAUUAUUAUGCGUCAACCGUGUCCCUUAAUCAAACGCGUUCGUCGCCAGACCAGCGCGCACCCGACCGUGGCUGUCCCUUUCGCGUUAGUGUUGUUUCUCUAGUCAGACGACCCAGUCGGAUCUGAGGGUCGGAGGGUUGCGAGCACGCAUUUGCGUUGUAUCCGGGUUUGCCUGUGGGCGCCACUCACACUGCGUUUGCUGAUAGACAGUUUAUCUUUCUGCAACUUGCAAGUGCAGCAAAUCGGAAGUGUGGGUGUUCUUUGUACACAGAUAAGAAAGCCGGCAACGAGCGGGAAGGGGGAGUCUGCGUGCGAUGCGUCAACACGGUGUUGUGCACCGAAGCCCACAGCGUAACCAGCAUUCUCCAAACCAGCCGGAAGGAGCAUCGGCCGACGCGGGGCAGGCAACACCUGGCUGGUGGCAAGCGCUAGAUACGCGGAUUGCUGAUUGAUUGUACCAGCAGCUCGUCACGUUCGUCGCGCGCUUGAUGAAAUCGCGCACCGUUACACGCGGAACGAUAAGCGUUACAUGCUGACGCGGCGAGACCCAUUUCGGAUGAGCUGCGGAUGCACGGCCGGGUUCUAGCGAGCUACUGCAUCGGUUCCCUAUCGCUCAGACGUGUCACAUUCUUUUCCGUUGGCUCGUUGGAAAAAAAGAAAAUAACGCGCUCGAACGCAACCCGUCACCGUGUGGUCACACGCCCGAUUGGAGGGGUAGAAACUUAGCACCCCUUAGCAGCGCAGUAGUAAUUGAUUGCGGUAACGGUAGAAUGCGGUCACCGGUGGGGUGGUGCUAAACGGCGGAACAAACUCGCCAGACGACCCCCGUGCAACCCCUGCGAGAACCGAUCGAGCCCCACAAGCACCAAGCAAACACCGACGAGCGGAGCGCUAGUUUUGCAUGGUAGACACGUUCUACCGGGAGCAGGGGAACCGAUGCCCGUGAUAGCUAGUGACCGUAGCAAUGGGCUCGGCACCUGACCCCGGGGGCCGACGGGACGACGGCGCACACCAUUAGACUUCCCCAUCCAGCGUCAACUUCUGCUGCUGUGCCCGGUUGUGCAUUGUAUCGCCUUUCCAGACCGAGAACAACCAUCAGCAACAUCUCGCGAGCGAACCAUAUCGACGCUUUACCUCCUUCCCCUUUUCUUCCUUCUCUUCUCUCCCUUCUACUCCCGCGGUCGCCAACGGAGUGCCGGCUACGUCAAUUUUGCCAAUAUAUCUUCCAACGCGCGGCGCUCAUCACUGGAGCGCUCUGCACGUGCCGGGCGGACCGGGGGAACCGAUACAGGCCGAAUUAAUUGCACAAACGCGUUCGUUCCUUUAGCUUUACCCUUUUAACUAUCCUAACUAACAGCGCUGAACUGAAACAAACAAAAAACUGAAGAGAAAAAAAACAUAUCGCCUGCGAUCGCUUCCGGGACAAAAGCACGCUAAGGAAAUAUUCCGCAAGCAGUUGAAGAACGCGGUCACAAAGAAAAGCGACUAAUACACGCCAAAACCCCGUUCGUUCGUUUGUUGACCGGGUAAGUGGCUAAUCUUUUAAAGCUGAUAAGCGCCAGAACGCCGCCGCUGUCACUAUUGUUUCGGACGCUGGUCCGGGUGCACGUUGACGAAAUCGGAACCCGCCGCUUGUCUACACACAAGCCCCGCGCACAUACGCGAGAGCGGCGUGUUGAAUCUUAGCCUCCUAGGAGAAACCGAAGCAACCGAAGCGUACUAGAGAAGGUAGACAUCAUGCGGUUAGUGUUGCGCAACCGCAAGCUCCCGUUGGCCGCCGUCGGCUGCCUGGUCGGGCUGGUGUUGCUCUGGAAAUGGGCGGACGUGCGCUCGAUGUGCUGGGGCGGCAGCAGCAGCAGUGCCCACAGUGCCGGUGUCAUGGUGCGAGAUGAACAGACGGCGGAAGGUGGAGGCAACUAUCGGUACCAUCGGAACAUGCCGCUAAUAUUUAUCGGCGGUGUGCCCCGUUCCGGUACCACGCUGAUGCGCGCCAUGCUAGAUGCCCAUCCGGAAGUACGCUGCGGUCAGGAAACGCGCGUCAUACCACGCAUCCUGCAGCUGCGCUCCCACUGGAUGAAGUCGGAGAAGGAAUCGGUCCGGCUGGUGGAGGCCGGCAUCACGAAGGAGGUGCUGAACGGGGCGAUCGCCCAGUUCUGUCUCGAGAUCAUUGCCAAGCACGGCGAUCCGGCCCCGCGGCUCUGCAACAAGGAUCCGCUCACGCUCAAGAUGGGCUCGUACGUGAUCGAGCUGUUCCCGGCGGCCAAGUUUCUGUUCAUGGUGCGGGACGGGCGGGCCACCGUGCACUCGAUCAUCUCGCGCAAGGUUACGAUCACCGGGUUCGAUCUGACCAGCUACCGGCAGUGCCUGACCAAGUGGAACCAGGCGAUCCAGACGAUGCACGAGCAGUGCAAGGAGAUUGGCAGCGACCGGUGCAUGAUGGUGUACUACGAGCAGCUGGUACUGCACCCGGAAGAGUGGAUGCGCAAGAUACUGCACUUUCUCGACAUUCCCUGGAACGACUCCGUGCUGCACCACGAGGAGUUCAUCAACAAGGAGAACGGGGUGGCACUGUCGAAGGUGGAACGGUCCUCCGAUCAGGUCAUUAAGCCCGUCAAUCUGGAGGCACUGUCCAAGUGGGUCGGCAAGAUACCGAGCGACGUGAUACGGGACAUGGCAGACAUUGCCCCGAUGCUGUCCGUGCUGGGCUACGACCCGUACUCCAACCCACCCGACUACGGGAAGCCCGAUUCGUACGUCCAGGAGAAUACUUACAAGGUCCGGUCCAAUCCACAGAUGUGGGAGCACCGGGCAAAGGAGCUGCUGAACCGGGACCCGCUCGCCGACAACGUGCCACCGAAGGCGAAGGAUACCGACGAGGACGACUACGGCGCUGGCAGCAAGGAUCGGAAAUCGUGAUGAAAUCGCUGUCGAUGCUGCUGCGAUAGCAAGUGAUCCGUUUUUAACCGAUGUGCGGCGGCUCGAGCCGCUGCUAGCCGCUAAAACACGGCCACAACAACAACAAAAACAGUGCAAUAGCGCCGAUGCGAUCUACACAAAAAGACUUUGGUGGUUUAUGGUUAUAGUUUUAGUUGACUGUGGGUGUAAGCACUGCAAUGUAUCUAUAUUUUGCAGCUUUAACUAAUUAGGGCCAUAGCUAUACAAUGGAAAAAUUGAUAAAGCUGGCAACAGCAACACAAAAUUCCCCCGCAAAAUGAUGCAUUAGAAAACGCAACACCGACACGACUGUCGUUAUACGGCGGCUUGCUAGACCUCUUUUUUGUUUCUUUAUCCCACAACUGCGACCGUGCUCGAUCGCGCUAGUAUAAUAGAUACGUCCUGUGCAAGCCGGAGAGCCUACAUCCAGUGCAGAUUUGUAUGCGUGGUUUGUUAUGCAUGAGGAUGGACCUAAAGAAAUAGUGUCGAUCUAACCAGGGGAGUCAUCGCGCGUCGUGCAAUCGCAGGUGAAACCUUUUAUAGUCAAAAAAAUAUCCCUCCGCCCCCGCCCGUGAGCAAUGGAAGUGACUGGUAGCGUAGCAUAGAGCUCUGGGAGAUGGGACAGCAACAACGAGUGUACUUGCGUACAGUAGUUAAGUUAAUGUAAACAGGAUUGACGGCAUAGCCCGGCGGCCCAGCACGGCGUGCUCUGCUGUGAGCGGGCCAAAGAAGAAGGGAGGGAAUUUAUUAUGAUAUGAAAUAUAGCUGUGCUCGUGGGGCGGUUUUGUAACAACUGCGAACACGUCGCAGUUUAUCAACUAACUUUUAAUAGCAAGCCAAGAACUGUAAUAAUGCUAGGCAAGCUGAUUUACUGCAGCACAUUAGCCACGUAAGGUUAAGGAUAAUUGGGACGAUAGGACGAGGUAUGUGAAAAUUACAAGAGUAGCAAAUAUCAACGAAUGCACUAUGAAUGGAUGCAUGAGUUCGUUUACCUAAAAAAAAAACAAACAAACAAACCCAGUUCCUUGUAAGACUCGGACGCUUCAUCACAGAACACAGCGAGACAGCUUUUUCUCUGCCACCUUUUCCCCACCUCCCCCGGAAGUAAAAAAAAACACGCAAUCGCAAUAUGCAAACGUACAACGCAAAACAAUAACGAUAACUACAGUAAGUAAAUACGCACAAACACAACUUAUAUAUCUUACUGAAUAUAUACAUCGUUCAUGUACAAACUGCAUGUAAAAAAAUAGACAUAUACACAUACAUAACGCAGGAGAGACAAAAAUUAUGCGUACGGCGGUUGAUCUUUGAGAUGGGGCAGCCGAUAGGUUUAAAGUAACACAUACACAUAUAUAAGAUUUUUAGCGUACAUCCCACAAACCAGGGACGGGGAGAGCCAAUUCAACGCAACACAUCAGAACAUGCAAUAGAAACUAGGGUAAAUGCGACGGUAUUAGUACGGUGCAGGUCGUUCAGGCCAGCUUCGGCCACAAUCGGCUCCUAGCUGUAAGGACACCUUAAUGUGCGCACAUCCCUUACGGUACCGGUACCGGGGGGAAUAACGGAUGCUGGGCGAAUAGAAAUCAUUACAGCGCGACCCUCAUAAACACAAACAAGCAAACAGAAAAUGCUGUAUGCGCAAUCUUAAUUACUGAACAGACAAACAACAGAAAAGGAAGAAGAAGAAGAAAAAACGCUUAACGCCUUGGAUGCGGCUAGACACUACUUUGUACAUUACUACGUCUGUGUAUGUGUGUAUUUGUUAAAUAUUCUUUUAAACCCUCGAUGUCAACCA